AAUGGCGUACAAUUUGUGGCUGCUGUGAUGCAGCAAGUGGCGCACGUGCUAGGCUUUAAACAAUGCCUAACACCCGUAUACCACCCCGAAGCAAACCCGGUUGAACGAAAAAACCGGGACAUGAAAGCACAGCUUGCCAUACUAACGACAGGCAAACACACCUCCUGGGCCGAGAGAUUGCCAUCCAUACGAUUUGCGAUGAACACUCCAAGAUGUGGGUCGACGGGGUACGCCCCUGCCUAUUUGACUUUCGGUAGAGAGCUGCGGUCUCCCGACGACGUUCAACGAGACCUACAAGCAAUAAUACAAAAUGAUCAUUUUGUCUCACAGGUCACUGCUGACCAUGCAAACUGCUCUCCAAGAAGCCUGUGAAGCACACGAAAAGAGCCAAGACAGACGCACCAACUUGAAAAAUGCAGGCAGGCGAGACACGGCUUUCAACGAAGGCGAUAGAGUGUUAGUGGACACUCACGUGCUGUCCAAAGCGAGCCAGCAAUUCACGUCGAAGUUUGCCCCUAAACGAGAUGGACCCUAUCUUAUUCAAAGGAUGUUGUCACCGACUACCUAUAUGUUGUCGUCGAUUGAUCAACCGGACAAACCCAUAGGUAAAAAUCAUACUUCCGCACUGACCCCUUAUAAGGAGCCCACAGCCGAGGACACUUCCCCGAUUCUGCCAAUUCGCAAAAGAGGACGUCCCCCUGGACGCCGCAAUGGACAUCCAGAAAACUUGCUUGGCGAAAGUUCUUCCCCAGUCCAAUCAGCCGACUCAGAUGAGGACGAUCCGCCACCUGGGUUGCCAAUCGCUCAAGAGGCGGCGAUCCCGUCGUAUACAGUCCGCGAAGGCCGAGGUCAACGAAAACCGCCAAGGAAGAAGUGCCCCUGUUGUUAAAUUCACUUGCCGUAUUGCCCCACUCGCGAGGACGCUUUAAGUGGACCAAAGGGGGAGCAUGUAACGGUAGAGUGCGUUUGAAUUCAUUAUUGUAUCGGCAACACCGCCCUUGUCAUUAUGUUCGUCCAUCUUGGACAAUGAAUAGUGAGUAGAGAGUUCCAAAUGUGUGUUGAAACGGUGAAGUCCGAAUAAAAGCUUCAUAAAGUGAAACGCAGUACUGACAACACCAUUAGUAUUCCUCGGUGACGAACCCACGAACCGAAUGAGAGCAUGCAAACGCAGGCUCCCAU